GGAAAGACCAGCCCAUUUCACCGAUGAAGACACUAAGAGCCUCAGGGACACAGCAAUUAUUGUGGAAGCCAUGAAGUUGAAUGAGAGAAGUGUAGCCCACUAUGCACUGAGCGACUCCCCAGCGGACCACACAGGCUUCCUGCGCACUUGGGGGGGCCCAGGAACCCCACCUACCCCCAGUGGCACUGGCCGAAGAUGCUGGUUUGUUCUCAAGGGCAACCUGCUGUUCUCCUUUGAGAGUCGCGAGGGCCGGGCCCCACUGAGCCUGGUGGUGCUAGAGGGCUGCACAGUGGAGCUGGCUGAAGCUCCAGCACCUGAGGAGUUUGCCUUCGCCAUCUGCUUUGAUGCUCCUGGAGUGCGUCCACACCUGUUGGCAGCAGAUGGGCCAGUGGCCCAGGAGGCUUGGGUAAAGGCACUGUCCCGGGCAAGUUUUGGCUAUAUGCGCCUGGUGGUACGGGAGCUGGAGAGCCAGUUGCAGGAAGCCCGCCGGAGCCUGGCCUUGCAACGACACUCAUCCUGCAAGGCUGUUGCUAACCGCUGUAAGCCCCAGGCUCUUGACUAUUGGUCUCUGGGCCUGGAGAACGGCCACUCCCUUCCCAGAGACUAUAGCCCUGUGGGCUUAGGUGAAGAAGGGGGCAGUAGGUGGGCAGGGCGAGCGUUGGCAGAGGGGGUGUUGCAGGGCCCUGCCAACCUCCUCUUAGGCAGUGGGCAGAGCCCUGUGUCCCCUGAGACCUCCUGCUUUUCCACCCUGCAUGAGUGGUAUGGCCAGGAGAUUGUGGCACUACGGCGGAGAUGGCAGCAGAGGACCCAGGGAAGCCAGGCAGAAUAUGGGGAACAAGCAGAACAGGAUAGGUCCUAAACCUGGGCCCUUCUAGUUUUGCCUCUGUCCUGCUGGUCAGGACACCAGGGCCAGUGCUUUUUCUAGAGUUAAAUGUUUACUCAUUUCCAAGGUUGCUUUUGGGGGUGUUUCUUUCCAUGUAUUUUAGGGAAUCUCCAGGUUCUAGACCCAACCUUGUACCUGGAGGGGACUGAGGAAUCAUGACUUUCAUCCUCUUUCCUGAGACAGAGAGGAUAGGUAGCUUGCUCAGAGUCACAGAGCAAGA